AUGGAUUCACAAGGAUCCGCAGAACUGUCACAGCUACAACCCCAACAAGCGCCACCACCGCCAGGGAUGAUGGUGGGCCUACCGCCACCACAACACAGCUCUUACAUGCCCACCAUACCCACCACCACCACCAACACUAACCCCGUGAUCAAUCUCCAUUCCAACGCCACUACCACUACUAUGCAAAACCCUCAAUUCCCUUUUAAUUCUACGGUGACUUCUGCAUCGAAACCAUUGGAUUAUGGCGAUGGAUCGUCGCCCUCUUCUGGGUUCGGCGCUUCUGGGUUCAGCAUUGAGCCUGCCAGAAAGAAGAGAGGGCGACCCAGAAAGUACUCACCGGCCGGUGGUAAUAACAUUGAUCUGUCGUUGGUCCCUAAUCCGAUUACCCAAAUUUCUGCGGUGGGUUAUCCAGAUUCUAGUGGUGGGCCCACAUCUUCAGAACCUCCGACGAAGCGGAAUAGAGGGAGGCCGGCGGGUUCGGGGAAGAAACAACUUGAUGCUUUAGGAGCACCUGGAGUUGGGUUUACACCGCAUGUUAUCUUGGUCCAAGCAGGGGAGGAUAUAGCGUCAAAGAUAAUGGCCUUUUCACAGCAAGGACCACGCGCUGUUUGUAUUCUAUCCGCAAAUGGUGCAGUUUGCAAUGUCACUCUUCGUCAACCAGCAAUGUCUGGUGGCACUGUGACAUAUGAGGGGCGAUUUGAGAUUAUCUCUUUAACAGGCUCCUUCAUGCUAUCAGAAAGUAAUGGUAACCACAGCAGAACAGCUGUUCUCAGUGUGUCCUUGGCAGGGUCAGAUGGUCGAGUUUUGGGGGGUGGUGUUGCAGGAAUGCUGAUAGCAGCCACACCUGUACAGGUUGUUGUGGGUAGCUUCAUUGCAGACAGAAAAAAAUCAAAAUCAGGGCUGUCUCCAGCAACACUGUCCAACAUGUUGAAUUUUACUGCCCCAGUGGCAGGGACCAGCCCUUCAUCCCAAGGGGCCUCAAGCGAGUCAUCUGAUGAGAAUGGACAUAGUCCUCUUAAUCAUGGUUCAGGACCCUACAGUAAUGCUAGUCAACCCAUACAAAAUCCACCAGUGUAUACUCAUAUGGGCUGGUCAAACCCCACCAUGAACAUGACAGUGAAUCCAUCGGGCUAUUGA